CUUGCCAUUUUAGGAAUGAUGGGAAACAUAUGCAAAAGUAAAGAGUGAAAUUUAUGAGUCAAUGAUGAAAAACCUUAGCCAGGAAUCUCAGGGUCACGUAGGAGAAUUAGACAAAGGGAUUGAGGACUGCGCACUGAGGGAUAUGAGAAUGGAAAAACCAUGCUUCAAAAAUUAGGAACGUGGCCCAGGGAUUUAGCUUGGUGGUUCUGGUGCCUGCCUCGAAAACACAAGGUCCUGAAUUCAAUCCCUGGUACCAAAAGAAAAAAAAAAAUUAGGAACGUAUUUCCCAGAAAAGCACAUGAUGAAUGCGGUCAGAAAAAGUAGCUUCCUUCCUCUUUUCUAAUCGUAGCUGCGGGGCCUCCAGCAGAACCUCUUCAAUGUCUCUCACGUUACAGAUUUCAGUACUCUCACCAGCUUAGAGGGAAAAUGUGGCUUUUGACGGCUCUGCUCCUUUGGGUUCUGGCUGGUGGGCGAGUGGUGGACUCCACAAAGGCAGUGAUCACCUUGCAGCCUCCAUGGGUCAAUGUGUUCCAAGAGGAAAGUGUUUCCCUGUGCUGUGAGGGGCCCCACAUGGCUGGGAACGACUCCGUACAGUGGCUCCUUAAUGACACCGUCAUUCAGACCUCGACUCCCAGACACAACAUCAUUGCAGCGAGUUUCCGUGACAGUGGUGAAUACAAGUGCCAGAUAGGGCUCUCGGCACAAAGCAACCCUGUACAGCUGGAAGUCCACAGAGAUUGGCUGCUACUUCAAUCCUCUAGCAAAGUCCUCACUGAAGGAGAACCUUUGACCUUGAGGUGUCAUGGAUGGAAGAAUAAGCUGGUAUACAAAAUACUUUUCUAUCGAAAUGAAAAAUUCAUUAAGUUUUCUCGUUGGAAUUCUGAACUCACUAUUCUGAAAACCAACACGAAUCACAGUGGCCUCUAUCACUGCUCAGGCAUGGGACGGACACAACGGUACACAUCAGCACGAACAGCUGUGACCGUGGAAGAGCUCUUUCCAGCUCCAGUGCUGAGCUCAUCCUUGUCAUCCCGCCACCUCCGGGAGGGAAAUCUGGUCAACCUGAACUGUGAAACAAAGUUGCACCCACUGCGGCCUGGUUUGCAACUUUACUUCUCCUUCUACAUGGGCAACAAGACACUGAGGGGCAGGAACGCAUCCUCUGAGUACCAGAUUCUAACUGCUAGAAAAGAAGAUUCUGGGUCAUACUGGUGUGAGGCAGCCACAGAAGACGGAAAUAUCCUGAAGCGCAGCCUGGUGUUGGAGCUUCAAGUGGGUGGCCCCAGCUCACCGAUUUCCAUCUGGUUUCACAUCCCUUUCUAUCUGCCAAUGGGCAUAAUAUUUUUGGUGGACACCGUUCUUUGUGUGAGAAUAUAUAAAGAACUGCCAAGAAAGAAAAAGCGGAAUUUAGAAAUCUCUUCAGCUUCGGAUCAUGGAGAGGAAGUAACUUGGCAAUCUACAAGACAUUUAGAAGAAGAGGUGAAGUAUCAGUAAUAAGAACCACAGCAAGAAGCGAUACACGGAAGUCCCAGCAGGGAGGGAAGCACCUGUCCGAGGGUGGCUGAGAUCCAGGGACAGCCUCUGUCCUUUCCUCUCUGUGGCAACGCUGGAGCAGAAACAUCCAAAAGUUGAAGGUCACGAGAACUGUGGGUUCCAUAGCUUCUAACUCUUAAAUAAAGCUGACUUCAGUUGAGA